UUCAGUCCCUGACCCUAGGAGCAGCUGCAACUUCUCGCGUCGACCAGGACGUCGCUCUGGACUCCUAACCAAAGCCUCUCCAGUGGCGGCGCAGCAAGCAGAGCUCCAUGCAAUAACUUCCUCGGUUUGGCCCGGCCACCUCUGGGAGGUCCAAGUUAACACUUGUAAAGUCACCGCCGUCGACACCUGCCAGCCCAGAGCCAGUGCGGGCGCCUGUGAGCCAGUCAUGGCCAACGCCGGUCUGCAGCUGUUGGGCUUCAUCCUGGCCUUCCUGGGCUGGAUCGGCUCCAUUGUCAGCACCGCCUUGCCCCAGUGGAAGAUUUACUCCUAUGCUGGCGACAGUAUCGUGACCGCCCAGGCCAUUUACGAGGGACUAUGGAUGUCCUGUGUGUCGCAGAGCACCGGGCAAAUCCAGUGCAAAGUCUUCGACUCCUUGCUGAAUCUCAACAGCACUUUGCAAGCAACCCGUGCCUUGAUGGUGAUUGGCAUCCUGUUGGGACUGAUAGCAAUCCUUGUGGCCACUGUUGGAAUGAAGUUUAUGAAGUGCAUGGAAGAUGAUGAAGUGCAGAAAAUGAGGAUGGCUGUCAUUGGGGGUGUCAUAUUUCUUAUUUCAGGUCUGGCUACUUUGGUUGCCACAGCGUGGUAUGGCCAUAGAAUUGUUCAACAGUUCUAUGACCCUAUGACCCCUGUCAAUUCCAGGUAUGAAUUUGGUCAGGCUCUUUUCACUGGCUGGGCUGCUGCUUCUCUCUGCCUUCUGGGAGGUGCCCUACUUUGCUGCUCUUGUCCACGAAAAACCACCUCUUACCCAACACCACGGCCUUAUCCGAAACCCACCCCUUCUAGUGGGAAAGACUACGUGUGAUAGAAGCAAAAGGAGAUCAGUUUGUUGGAACAAACAAAAUGGACAUUGAAACACCAUUCACUGAUUUUAAGUUCUUAGACUUUUGACUACUAAAAUCUGAACUGUGGUGUUUCAAAAGAUAUUUUUAAGAUUAUCCAUUAUUAGAAAUGUUUUAAUCAUAUUUUAUCUUUUUUCUACAGUACAAGAAGGAUAUUCUUCCCUUUGUGUUACUGCUUGUCACUGAGUUACCAAGUUAAAUGAGGAAUACUCUUCAAAUAUAUAGAUAUGUAUAUAUACAUGUUUUCUAAAAAAAACAAAAAAGUGACAGUAAAAUGCUGUUAUUAUGUUGGCACCAGCAUAUUAAAAAUAUAUAAAGAAAAAUACUUUU